AUGUUGCAAGAAGAGGUUGAAUUGUGGAGCCACAAUCCUGUAGAAUGCGUGAAAGAGCUCAUUGGCAACCCUUCCUUCAAAGAAGAUAUGGCCUACUCACCUGCCAAAGCAUAUGCAGACCGUGUGGGGCAAGAUAGAGUGAUCGACGAGAUGUGGACAGUAGACUGGUGGGGCGAGAAACAGAAAGCCUUGCCAGAAGGUGCCAUGAUAGCACCAAUCAUUCUAUCUUCAGACAAAACAUCCUUGUCGCAGUUCCGAGGGGAUAAGUCAGCUUGGCCAGUGUAUAUGUCCAUUGGAAACAUCACCAAAGCAAAAAGGCACCAAGCAUCAGCGCGAGCAACUGUUCUUAUUGGUUACUUACCAGCAGGCAAACUUGACUGUUUCACACCCGACACAUGCUCCUUGGCCGGAUACAGGCUCUUCCACCAUUGCAUGGCUCUACUGCUCCAACCUCUCAUCGGUGCUGGAAAUGAUGGUGUUGAAAUGGUGUGUGUGGACUCGUGGGUUCAUCGUGUCUACCCAAUUCUUGCAGCAUACAUCGCCGAUUUCCCGGAACAGUGUUUGGUCAGUUGUUGCAAAGAAAACCGAUGUCCGAAGUGCCUUGUAGCAGUGAAUGAGCAAGGGGAUGCACUCAACUCGGCAAUGCGUGAUCCAGAGUCAACAAAAGAUAUCUUGCACAGGCACAAGAUUGGUCAGCAUCCUCCGGAAUUCGAGGCGAAUGGUCUACGUGCCGUUUACAAACCAUUCUGGGCUGAUCUGCCUCACGUGGACAUUUUUCUAGCUUUCACACCCGAUCUUUUGCAUCAACUUCAUAAAUGUGUGUUCAAAGAUCACCUUGUGAAGUGGUGCAUCGAUAUUAUUGGGGAGGACGAAAUGGACGCACAUUUCAAGGCAAUCCCUGAAUUAUCCCGGGCUUCAACACUUCAAGAAAGGGAUAUCGAGUUCAAUCACAGUUGUUUGGCUGCAGCUGACGGCUUUAACACAGAACUUCCCAAGCACUUACAUAUUGAUUUCGCAAAGGAUUCAUACUGUGCUAGCAACAAACGGGACUAUGAAAAACAAAUGGCUUUGUGGCUCCAAUGCCAAGAAGCCGUGUUUUUACGUAGCGCAUACCUGGAUUGGUUGUCACAACAGCCUCACUCCAAGUCAGCUGCAGGUCUCAGCAAAUGUCAUUCAAACCCAUAUGACUUCAAUGCAGAUUCGGACACAGACUCGGAGUUGGAAACACCAAAUCUGCCCGCCGCUGAACCACUUCAAGCAGCCCAUGUCCUUGCAAAAGCCCCUGCGCAUCCUCACCAAUCAGUUCAAACCAUCAUAACAGCACACGGUGCUACUGAGUUCCUCCCUGCUCUCUGA